AUGAACAAGGCGUUAUUCAUGCGUAUUGUUGAUCGCCUCUCCAAUGAAGUUCGAUUCUUUCGUCAAAAGCAAGACGUUACCGGAAGACUUGGUCUAUCUGCACUUCAAAAGUGUACAGCAGCUAUUCGUGUGUUGGCAUAUGGUUCUGCGCUUGAUGCGGUCGACGAAUACCUCCGGCUCGGUGCAACCACUGCUCGCUUAUGUGUAGAAAACUUUGUGGACGCAAUAAUAAAUUUGUUCGGUGUUGAGUACCUAAGGAGACCAACCCCGGCUGAUCUUCAGCGUCUGCUUCAUAUUGGAGAGGUUCGUGGAUUUCCCGGGAUGAUAGGAAGCAUCGAUUGUAUGCAUUGGGAGUGGAAGAAUUGUCCCACUGCAUGGAAAGGCCAAUAUUCUCGGGGUUCGGGAAAACCCACAAUCGUUUUAGAGGCGGUUGCUUCAUAUGACCUCUGGAUAUGGCAUGCGUUUUUUGGACCUCCAGGGCCGAAAGCAGUUUUAUUUGCGCAAAAUCAAGAAGCUGUCCGAAAAGAUGUUGAGCGGGCUUUCGGAGUUUUGCAAGCUCGAUUUGCCAUUGUUAAAAAUCCGGCACUUUGUUGGGAUAAAGUUAAGAUUGGAAAGAUUAUGAGAGCGUGCAUCAUACUCCAUAAUAUGAUAGUAGAAAAUGAACGAGAUACCUUCUCUCAUUUUGAUGUCUCGGGUUAUCAACAAGGAGAAGGGAACGGAAGUUCACAUGUUGAUAUGACCUAUUCUACAGAUAUCCCUACUAAUAUCGCCAACCAGAUGGGUGUUCGAACGAGAAUUCGUGAUAGACAAGCGCAUGAACAACUAAAAGGUGAUUUGGUUGAACAUAUAUGGCGUAAAUUCGGAAGUGAUCAAGACAACAACUGA